UAGUACCUCCUUAUGAGAUAAACUAAUCACGUGGUAACAAUGGUUGCUACGCAUCGAUCGUAAACACCAAAACAAUACGUCACAGAAAAUGUUAGCGACGAAAUCGAACUAAAUUAUCGAUAUUACUACCUUAAAUACAGAAGGCUUAAGCUGCGAAAUACUUUUUAAAAAGGCAAGACCAGCGAGGACAUAUCGGCGACCGGAAACAAACUGCUUUCUAGUUCCGGCGCCGGCAACAAUCUUCAAGGUUGAACGAGCAGUUUGAACUGAGAGUGAGAACCAAAACGGUUGCAGAUAGAAAUAAUCAAUUGCGGGGAAGUUUCUAAAUUGAUGGAACAGCACAUGCGAUUGCAGUUGCAAGUCGCUUCGUGUGAAUGAACCUUGAGUGACGUCACAGCACGCGAAGGACGAAUAAAGAAAAUGGCGGUAAGGUGGGAUGCGGCUUUAGAAUCGCGUUUGAUAGAUUUAAUUCGACAAUACGAAUGUAUAUGGAAUUCUAACACAGAAUCGUACAAGAGAAAAGACAUUAAAAGCAAGUGCUGGAAUGAAAUUGGAGCAGUAUUAGGGAUAGACGGAACUGAAGCGUCGAAAAAAUUCCACAAUAUCAAAACCACGUUUCUGCGAAUAAAGAAACGAGUCGAACAGUCACAAUUAAGCAAUCAAGCUAUACAGGAGGUAUACAAACCUAAAUGGGAACACUGGAAUCAACUAUCGUUUCUACUAGUUUCGGAUAAUGUCAGUUCAUCCGAAUCUAGUUUCCAGGACUCCGCACCCGAUACACAGACGGAUUACACAGACUUACUAACAAUAGUUAAAACGGAAGAGCCAGAAGUACAAAGCUGUUCGGCAAUAGAUACAACGUCUAUAACAGCAGAAUCUACAGAUCGACGACGAAAACGUCCAAGAGAUCAUGCAGAGAAGGAGCGUGAAAAAUUUUACAAAGCUGCCACAUCAGCCCUAGUGGAUGUUCCUGAUGAGGAUGAUUUAUUUGCUAGUUACAUAGCUGCCAGACUGAAAAAGAUUCCUGAAAACAGAAAAAUGAUAGUCCAUGAAGAGAUAAUGAGAAUCUUAAAUGAUGCUUCAUCUGCAUAACAUUAUUUUUAUAUAAAA